CGAUUGCCGGUGACAACGCUGUGCGGGUUCCUCGGCGCUGGGAAGACGACAACUCUGAAACGCGUGCUCGAAGCUAAGCGAGACGCGAACGGAAAGUUUCGGUGUGCCGUCGUCGUGAACGACGUCGCGGAGUUGAACAUCGACAAAAAAUUAAUCGAUGAUUCCGCUUUGCUGCAGAGCGACGAGGUGGUUGCCAUGCAGAACGGAUGCGUGUGCUGUUCGUUGAGCGGAGACUUUGUAAAACAAAUCGGGGACAUGGCCAAGAGUGGCAAUUUUGACUACAUGAUCGUAGAGGCAUCAGGAGUGUCGGAACCGGCGGAAAUUGCGAAACUCUUCGCAAAUUGUGAGGACGAUCACGAUCAUGAAGCUGCGCACGUUGAUGAGCAUGAACAUUUGAGCACACUGGCGCGGCUGGAUACGUGCGUGACGGUCAUCGCUGCAGGUGACUUUCUCGACAUGAUUGAUUCUUUCAGGGCGUCAGCUGUGAACAGGCAGUCUUACUCUCAAUUGUUGGCUGAACAGAUAGAGUACGCGAAUGUCGUCGUAUUGAACAAGGUCGACACUGUCGAUGACGAACAACUCGCCGAGAUUAAAGCGCAGAUACAACUUCUCAAUUCACGUGCUGAUAUUCUUGAAGCUGUGAACGGCGCGAUCGACGUUACGCGAAUCGUCAAUACAAAACUUUACAAAGAGAAUGACUUUGCUGGUUUCAUAACAUGGGAACAAGAGAUAGAAGCAACAUCUGUGAAUCGGUUCGGUAUUACGUCUUUCAUUUACCGAGCCAGAAGACCUUUUCAUCCCAAACGGUUUUUAGGCUCAUUUCGCCGUAAAAGGGAAGGUGAAAUUGGUGUGCUGCUACGUUCGAAGGGUGUAACGUGGCUCAGUGAUGCCCACGACUUGAUAAUUGUUUUCAGUCAGGCUGGUAAUAUUUACUCUCUCGAAGGAUCAAGCCGAUGGACCGCGCUGAAUAAAAAUGCUUGGGUCGGCUCACAGGGGAUAAAGCAAGAACUUCGUAAAGACUGGGAGGGGCCUUAUGGUGAUCGCCGACAAGAACUGGUGUUCAUUGGCAAGGAUCUUAAAUACGAUGAAAUUCAAUCAACGUUGGACUCUUGCCUCUUGACCGACGAAGAAUUCGAAAUGGGUUCUGAUGGCUGGAGAGCAGUCAUGGGUGAUGUCUUUCUAGACGAAGACGACGAAGACGAAGACGACGAAGUCGAUGACGAAGACGACGAAGAAAUCGACGAA